AGCCCCAGAGACCGGCUCCUUCGGGGAGGACCUGCUUGGGCUCCGUGGAGCUAACCAGCACCAGCAGGAAGUGCAAGGCUUUCCUCCCGGGCUGCCGACGGCACCUCCUCCUGUCCAUCGGAUCAGGGUGGCCUGGGCUGGCCAGCGUCCCACUGCACGGGUGCCCCUCAAGGACCCUGAGACAGCCGUCCAGAGCGCAGCCGAGCCACCGCCAUGUCGGACUACGAGAACGAGGACGAGUGUUGGAGCGCCCUGGAGAGCUUCCGCGUGAAGCUCAUCUCCGUCAUCGACCCCUCACGCAUCACGCCCUACCUGCGGCAGUGCAAGGUGCUGAACCCCGAUGACGAGGAGCAGGUGCUCAGUGACCCCAACCUGGUCAUCCGCAAGCGGAAAGUGGGCGUGCUCCUGGACAUCCUGCAGCGGACCGGCCACAAGGGCUACGUGGCCUUCCUCGAGAGCCUGGAGCUCUACUACCCGCAGCUGUACAAGAAGGUCACCGGCAAGGAGCCCACCCGCGUCUUCUCCAUGAUUAUCGACGCAUCCGGGGAGUCGGGCCUGACGCAGCUGCUGAUGAGUGAGGUGCUGAAGCUGCAGAGGAAGGCUCAGGACCUGACCCAGCUGCUGAGCUCCAAGGACGACCUCAUCAAGGAGCUGCGGGUGAAGGACAGCCUGCUGCGCAAGCACCAGGAGCGCGUGCAGCGGCUCAAGGAGGAGCUGGAGGCGGGCAGUCGCGAGCUCAAGCGCUGCAAGGACGAGAACUACGAGCUGGCCAUGCGCCUGGCCCGCCAGAGCGAGGAGAAGGGCGCUGCGCUCAUGCGGACCCGCGACCUGCAGCUGGAGAUCGAGCGGCUCAAGCACAGCCUCAUGAAGGCGGAGGACGACUGCAGGGUGGAGCGCAGACACACGCUGAAGCUCCGCCACGCCAUGGAGCAGCGGCCCAGCCAGGAGCUGCUGUGGGAGCUGCAGCAGGAGAAGGCCUUGCUGCAGGCGCGCGUGCAGGAGCUGGAGGCCGCCGCGCAGGAAGGAACGCCGGACAAGAGCAGCCCGUACAUCCAGGUGCUGGAGGCGGACUGGAGGCAGGCGCUGCGGGAGCACCAGGAGAAAGCCAACACCAUCCUGUCCCUGCGCAAGGAUCUGCGACAGGGCGAGGCUCUGCGCGCCCGGUGCGUGGAGGAGAAGGAGGUGUUCGAGCUGCAGUGUCUGGCCCUACGGAAGGACUGCGAGAUGUACAAGGACCGCAUCGCGGCCGUCCUGCAGCAGAUGGAAGAGGUCGCCUCCGAGAGGGACCAGGCCAUCGCCACGCGGGAGGAGCUGCACACACAGCACUCUCGGAGCCUGCAGGAGAAGGACGCGCUGCGAAAGCAGGUCCGCGAGCUGGCCGAGAAGGCCGACGAGUUGCAGCUACAGCUGUUCCAGUGCGAGGGCCAGCGGCUGGCCCUGGAGGGCAGACUCAAGCGGCAGCAGCUGGAGACGCUCAUCCUGAGCUCUGACCUGGAGGACAGCUCACCCAGGAACUCCCAGGACGUGAGUGUGAACCUCAGGCUCUCGCUACCCCCGGACCUGGAGGCCACCCGGCUGUCAGACAAAGGUGGCCCCGCCAACAGGGACAGCCCACAGCAGCCCCCUGAGGCUCUGCAGGAGGAACCGCUUCCACUGAUCCCCAACAACGCCGGCCUGAGCGGCGGCGAGCCCCCGGAGAAGGAGCGGCGGCGCCUCAAGGAGAGCUUCGAGAACUACCGCAGGAAGCGCGCCCUCAGAAAGCUGCAGCACGGCUCGAGGCAGGGGGAGGCGGACUGGGAGAACACCACGGGCAGCGACAACACCGACACGGAGGGCUCCUAGCCAGCCCGGCAUGCGAGGAGGACGGAGCGCCGAGCCCGAGGGGCGCAGGCACGCCGGCGCCCACGCACCGUGAUUUGCACAGAGGUGCUCUGUCUGUGCGACGCAGAUGCGUGCAGCAGUGUCAGAAAUGCAGUUUCAUAAAUAAAGGACUGCCGUCCCAGCACCGCCGCCUCUGGUGGCUUCGCUCC